AGAAGAAGCGAGGGUCAUACACACACAAACACAACUUCUCUUUCUUUCUUUCUUUCUCUCUCUCAUUCGCCAUUUUCACCUUCUUUUCCUACCAUUUAUUAGAUUCCUUUUCUUCCUCUUCUUCCAUUUGAUUAUUAUCAUUAUUAUGCAGAUGCUUAUGUUCAUAUGAAACAACAAUAACCCAUCUAAUUUCCCUUUUUUCCUCCAUUAUUUUACUUGGGUUUUCAACAAAUUAAACCCCUUUUUCAUUUUUCUUUUGGGGAUUUCUUGAAAUCUUUCUUUCAAAUCUUUAUUUGAAAUCUUUAUUUGAAAUCUUUCUGUACCCAGUUGAAGUUUGUUCAUAAUAUUUAUGGGUUUUAAUUUUUGUUGAAAAAUGAGUUUUCUUUACAGAGAAUAGUUCAUCUCUUUGUUCUUUUUUAAUUUUUUUUUUACUUUUAAUUUGGAUUUUAUUUAAUUUUUGUAUAUUUUAAGUGAAAAAAAAAAUUGUUCAGAGAUGGGAAAGCAAGGACCUUGCUGUCACUGUGGUGUUACAAGCACCCCGCUGUGGCGAAACGGGCCACCCGACAAGCCCGUAUUGUGCAACGCAUGCGGGUCGCGUUGGAGAACCAAAGGAUCACUUGUAAACUACACGCCACUUCACGCUCGAGCCGAGCCUGAUGAUUUGAUAGACCAAAGGGUUUCUAGAGUGAAGACUAUAUCCAUUAAGAGCAAAGAGACAAAGUUACUAAAAAGAAAGCCGAAUUACGACAAUGUAGCAGGCGGAAACGGUACCGCUAGCAUUACGCUCGGAAGCGGUGGCGGUGGCGGUGGCGGUGGGAUUGGGUAUGACUACCAUAACCAGGCUUUUCGCAAAGCGUUUGAUGAAGAUACUAGUAAUAGAUCGAGUUCCGGCUCUGCUAUAUCGAAUUCCGAUGGCUAUAUGCAGUUUGCCAGCGCAGAUGCUAGUGAUUUGACCGGUCCAGCGCAAUCAUCGGUUGUUUGGGAUACAAUGGUACCGUCACGAAAACGAACAUGUGUUAACCGACUAAAACAAUCUCCUGUUGAGAAACUCACCAAAGAUUUACACACCAUUUUACAUGAACAACAAUCGUACUUUUCGGGUUCGUCAGAAGAAGAUUUGAUUUUCGAAAGUGAUACACCGAUGGUUUCGGUUGAAAUAGGGCAUGGGAGUGUUCUUAUUCGUCAUCCGAAUUCCGUGGCUCGUGAAGAAGAGUCUGAAGCGAGUUCACUUUCUGUUGAUACGAAAAACGAGGCUUAUUCACGCUUCACUAAUACUACCCUUCCUGUAUAUAAUGCUAACAAGGGUGGAAAUUUCUCAAGCCGGCCCAAAAAGCCCAUUAAUCAAGACCAUUUGAACCGGGAUGAUGACGAAAAGUUGCACAUACUCGUGAACCAUAGUUCGCCACUGUACAACAUUGAUCUGAAUGAUAUUAUCAACUUUGAAGAGUUUAAAAGUCAAAUGACGUACGAUGAACAGCAACAACUGCUUAAAUAUUUACCUCGUGUUGACACUCUUCAAGUUCCCGAUAGCCUCGAAAGCAUGUUCGAUAGCCCUCACUUUAAGGAGAACGUAUCUUCCUUCCAGAAGCUUCUUGCUGAAGGGGUUUUCGAUCUCUCUAUACCAACAGUGAAAAACGAAGGCUGUAAAACAUUGAAGAAGCUUGCGCUUUGUAGUGCUACAAAAUCUGAUUGGGUGGAGAAAUAUAAUCAGCUUCAGGAUACAAAACGUAAAUAUGACAAUGGAGGGUCUGUAGUUGGUGGAGCGCGUAAUGCCAUGACACCUGGCCAUUCUGUAAACGUAAAGAGAUCUCGAGAUGCCCUAUUUCAACCAUAUCCAGGAUCGAAGACUGCAAUGAAGAGCCCGAAAAGACCAUCAAUGAAGGCAAGCUAUGAGCACAAAGAGCCUACGGACAAUGAUGGGCCGGGCUUUAGCCCAAGAAGCUUGUUCGCGUUACCACCUGAUCAUAGCUCGCUAAUGCUCGAUUCACUAAAAUACGCAGAUGAAAAUAGCGAUCAAGACCUGUUGCUAGAUGUGCCAUCAAACAAUUCUUUCCCUCAAGCAGAACUACUGCUACCAACCGCCCAAGCAAGCACUAGUAGUAGCUCAAUAUAUCAAAAUUUUGUGGGCCCGUGACACAAAUUAGUCGAAACCUCUCUUUCUAGGGUUUACGUAGGUGACUAUUCUAUUAUGAUAACUUAUGCCGGACCGUUGUAAACUCUGUAGCCUCAGUGUACUGAAUAACUUGCUACCGCGGCUUUGUUGGUUAUAUUCGCACAGGAUCUUAUCGUUUGGGUUCGUUGUGUUUUGCACCGUAAACAUUUAGGUUUGAUGGUUGCGUUUUUUGGUUUUUUAAUGUACGCGCUGACGAAAAGAUUGUAUUGUGAAAAGGUUAUAAUGAUGGAAAAUGGUAAUCCCAAAAGAUUUUGUAUCCAA